AGCUGUAGCCUUUUACUCUCUUCACAGGAACAACUGACUUUCUCUCAAAUGACUACUUCGACCGCCCAGGAAGGUGCCUCCGAGGCUGCCGCCAUCUACCCGCCGCCCCAGCGCCUUGUCAACCCCGAGAACGGCGUGAAGCCCUGGUGCUCGAGCAUGGAGGAGUACGAGACGCUCUACAAGGAGUCGAUCAACGAGCCCACCAAGUUCUGGACCCGCGUUGCCAACGAGCUCAUCACCUGGGACAAGCCCUUCACCCGCGUCUCGCAGGGAUCGCUCAAGGACGGCGACAUGGCCUGGUUCCCCGAUGGCCAGCUCAACAUCUCGUACAACUGCGUCGACCGCUGGGCCCUGCAGGAUCCCGAGCGCGUUGCCUUUGUCUACGAGGCCGACGCGCCCGGAGAGGCCUCCAAGGUCACAUACGGUGAGCUGCUCAAGCAGGUCUGCAGCCUGGCCAACGUGCUCACCAGUUUUGGUCUGCGCAAGGGUGACACCGUUGCCAUCUACAUGCCCAUGAUCCCCGAGGCCGCUGUCGCUAUGCUUGCCUGCGCCCGCCUGGGUCUCGUCCACACCGUUGUCUUUGCCGGUUUUUCGUCGUCGUCGCUCGCUGAGCGCGUUGCUGACGCCCGUGCGCGUGUCGUGAUCACCGCCGAUGAGGGUCUGCGUGGCGGCCGCCCCAUCCGCACCAAGGCCAUUGUCGACGAGGCCCUGCUCACCUGCCCUGAGGUCGAGAAGGUCCUGGUUUUCCGCCGCACCGGCAACGAGGCUGUUGCCUUCAACCCGGAUCGCGAUGUCUGGUGGCACGAGGCCAUCGCCAGCCAGCGCCCGUACUGCCCGCCUGUCUCAGUCAGCUCGGAGGACCCGCUCUUCCUGCUGUACACCUCGGGAUCAACUGGCAAGCCCAAGGGUGUCGUCCACACCACCGGCGGCUACCUGCUCGGCGCUGCCAUGACCCUCAAAUACGUGUUUGAUAUCCACGACGGCGAUGUCUUCUGCUGCACAGCCGAUAUUGGAUGGAUCACCGGCCACACCUACGUUGUCUAUGGCCCGCUGGCCCUCGGCUCCACCAGCGUCAUCUUCGAGUCGGUGCCCACCUUCCCCGAUGCCUCGCGCUACUGGAAGCUGGUCGAGGACCACAAGAUCACCCAGUUCUACACUGCUCCGACCGCUAUCCGCGCCCUGCGCCGCCACGGCGACAGCUAUGUCACCAAGCACGAUCUGUCGUCGCUGCGCGUCAUCGGCUCUGUCGGCGAGCCCAUCAACCCCGAUGCCUGGACCUGGUACAACAACAUCGUUGGCGGCGGCAAGUGCGCCGUUGUCGACACCUACUGGCAGACUGAGACCGGCUCGCAUGUGAUCACCCCGCUGCCUGGAGCCACUCCGGCCAAGCCUGGAUCGGCCACCUUCCCGUUCUUUGGCGUGGAGCUUGCCAUCCUGGACCCGCAGACCGGCGAGGAGCUCGAGGGCAACGACGUCAGCGGUGUUCUUGCCAUCAAGCGCCCCUGGCCCUCGAUGGCCCGCACCAUCGCUGGGGACCACAAGCGCUUCCUCGAGACCUACCUGCGCCCGUACCCCGGCUACUACUUUGCUGGUGACGGCGCCAGCCGCGACGCCGACGGCUACUACUGGAUCCGUGGCCGUGUCGACGAUGUCAUCAACGUCUCGGGUCACCGCAUGUCCACUGCCGAGGUCGAGUCUGCCCUCAUCUGCCACCCGGCCGUUGCCGAGUCGGCUGUUGUUGGCGCUCCCGAUGAGCUCACUGGCCAGGCCAUCUGCGCCUUUGUCACCCUUAAGGACGGCAUCGAAGCCACCGACGAUGUCAAGGUUGAGCUGGUCAAGGAGGUCCGCCACCGCAUCGGUCCCAUUGCCACCCCCAAGACUCUGAUCCUGGUCGACGAGUUGCCCAAGACCCGCUCGGGCAAGAUCAUCCGCCGCAUCCUGCGCAAGGUCGUCGCUGGCGAGGCUGACACCCUGGGCGAUCUGUCCACCCUCUCGGACCCGUCGAUCCUCGACGUCCUCAUCAGCAAGGUCGCCGCUGCUCUUGCCAAGUAAAGCAAACCCGUUUCUCAUUUUCUAUCCUUUUCUUGCCGUUCGAAUGAAUUU